GGGCGCCCGCGGGCUCUCCCCGCCCCUCGGGCGCAGCCCGGCCCGGCUGGCGGGCGCCCGCUCCCCGGGCCGUGCGGAGAGGCCCCGUCCGUGGGGCAAGGCUCGGCUGCAGGUGCCGCGGGAGCCCUGAGAGCGGGGCCCCGCGGCUGGUUUGUCCCACGAGAGAGGAGCCCGGUGCAGCUCCAGCCGCCGCUCGGGAGCGGGAGCUCGGUUGGCUGUGGUUUCCCGGGACAGACGCCGAGCCGCAGAUAACUGUUGGAUCUGUGGGGCGGUAGUUAUGGUAGCCUUCCACGCUGUCAGUUUACAAAUGCAGCCCUGCUUUUCUGGCCGAAGAGGAGCUCUGUAAAUGCUAAUGGAGUUGGCAGGAUUAUCAGAGCCCUCCUGUGAUACCUCUUAUUUUACCGUCGUGCCUUAAGGUAUUGAGAACCUGCCAUUUGAAUUACAGAGAAACUUCCAGCUCAUGCGAGAUCUGGAUCAGAGGACAGAAGACCUCAAGUCAGAGAUCGAUAAGUUGGCCACGGAGUACAUCAGCAAUGCACGGACUUUGUCUUCCGAGGAAAAACUGGGGCUUCUCAAGCAAAUCCAGGAGGCCUAUGGAAAGUGCAAGGAGUUUGGGGACGACAAAGUUCAGCUGGCUAUGCAGACCUACGAGAUGGUCGAUAAGCACAUCCGGCGGCUGGACACAGACCUCGCUCGCUUUGAAGCAGACCUGAAGGAGAAGCAGAUAGAGUCGAGUGACUAUGACAGCUCUUCCAGCAAGGGCAAGAAGAAGGGCCGAGCCCAGAAAGAGAAAAAAGCUGCCCGCGCUCGCUCCAAAGGGAAAAACUCUGAUGAGGAAGCACCAAAAACUGCCCAAAAGAAAUUGAAGCUCGUCCGCACUAGCACAGAGUAUGGGAUGCCUUCUGUCACCUUUGGAAAUGUGCACCCCUCGGAUGUACUGGAUAUGCCCGUGGACCCCAAUGAGCCCACUUACUGCCUCUGCCACCAGGUCUCCUAUGGGGAGAUGAUUGGCUGUGACAACCCAGAUUGUUCCAUUGAAUGGUUUCAUUUUGCCUGUGUGGGUCUGACAACAAAACCAAGAGGAAAAUGGUUCUGCCCUCGCUGUUCCCAGGAGAGGAAGAAGAAGUAAAUUCACAUGAGACCUCAGUACUGCUGCAGGAGCUCUCUUCCCCCUGCCAGGGCCUCGUCCCAGUUCUCCCAGCCCUUGGGGCCUUGGCUGAAGGGAAGUCUUGCCCUGUUUGUGGUUUGGGCCAUCCCUGGAAUGGUGUGUACCCUCACGGUGGUUCCUGUGUGUUCUGUAUCCCUGGUUGCUUCUGAGUCCUUAAGGGAGGCCCUCUCUGUGUACUAUUCCAAACAGGUCUCUGAACCUCAAAGGGAAUGAAUGAGGGCACCAGGGUAGCCACCAGAUUCCCAGGGAUUCAGGUAGCCCCUGAUUUUCCUUGGCUUUCCUUCAGCCUCCUCAGAGUUCAUUGCCUGUUCUCUGCUUAGAGAACAAGGCUAUGGGAUGGGGGAAGGAAAGGAGGUAAGUCUUCAGCAUUUUAGGUCAUUCAUUUUCCUGGAUCUUUUUCAGGAGAGAGGGAGUAACCAGGCUACUUCUUAAUCUAGUGGGCUGGUUGAGAGACUGAAAACGUGAUGUGCUCCCUGUCUUUAACCAUUCCACUGCUGGCAUUGGACAGCCUCUUUUGUUGGGGAGAGGAGGAGGCAGAGGGAUGUUUAGAGCUAGCUUUGUCUCUCAUUCCUGGGGUAAACCUGCUGGUCUGGGAAGCACACUAUGUGAAGGAGGAAGAAUUUCUGACCACGUGGGGAGAAACAGCUUGGUCCAGUCUGUCUUCCAGCUUCAAAAUUCUGCCUUCCUCUUGUGUAGCGGUGCUUCUCCAUGACAUUGAUGGUGGGAAGUUUGGGGAUUCAGAUCCCACUUGUAUAAUAGAGAAUGAAAUAAAAUUCAUUGAAAC